AUGGAGGUGGAGGUGGAGGUGAUGGUAGAGGUUGAUGUGGAGAUGGAGGUGGAGAUGGCUGAAGGAUGCAAUCAGAGUGGUGUUGGAGGCGGCAUCGUUGGUGGUGUGGAUCGUGAGGUCGAUGGCCUCGUGGGGCGGCGGGCGGGUGCCAUGGGAGGCGGCUGCGUGAGGUGGCAGGGCCCGGGGGCGGUAGCGCUCUUGCUGGUUGUUUGCGCGGCGCUGUUGCCGGUUUGCCUGGAGGCGAGCCUCGAGGCGUUCAAGUACAGUACGCGCCUGGUGCGGACCAAAUACGGGCCGCUGCGAGGCCUACUGCUGCAACAGCCGCCCGUCGAGGCCUUUCUCGGCGUGCCGUACGCCACUCCGCCCACGGGCGCGUUGAGGUACAUGCCACCGGUUACACCAUCGAUGUGGCGUACGCCGCGACUGGCGGACGCGUUUUCGCCAGUGUGUCCGCAGCGGCAGCCGGACAUUAGUAACCGCAGCGAGGCGUUGCUAAGGCUGCCGCGCGGCCGACUCGCCCACCUUGAGCGGUUACUACCGCUCCUGCUCAACCAGAGUGAAGACUGUCUCUAUCUCAACAUCUAUGUGCCCAGGACAGAAUUGUUCCAGUAUAUAAAAAUAUAG